UUCUAGCUGUGAACAUGUUGAUUUAUUCGCUUCUCUUGUGCAUUAUACUACAUUCAACGGCGCUUUUCGUGGGUGUUACGGAGGCAUUGUUCGAUCAAAACGGCUAUUUAAUAACCGAUGAGAUGGAAGAAAUGUGCUCAGCCGCCUGCUAUCCCUCCAUCAAGCCGCUGUUCAAUUAUGUGGGAACCUGCCAAGAAAAUGAUAAGACGCUGAUGGAACUUCAGGAUAGAGUCGAAGCCCAGGAUCUGAAAAUUAUCAAUUUAAAGGCCCAAGCGGAAAGCCUUCACACACAAAAAGAGAAAUUGUUAGAUGAAAAUAACUGUGCGCCACAUAUUAUCGUGGAGGAGGCUAUCCAACAGGUGCUGCUGUUAAAAACUGAAUUUAAUUCAGAGCUAACCAAACUGCAAGAGACGGUAGAAGAAACGGAAGAAGUCCUGGCAGCGCUUCUACAGGAAAAACUCGAUCGCAUUAAAAUAGCUGAAAGUUUGCAACAGAAAGAAAACACACUGAAGAAUGAUGAAUUAUCAUUGAAACAGAGAGAAGAAUCGUUAAAACUGAAAGAAGUAUCCCUACAGCAGAAAGAAAACUCAUUAAACCAGAAAAAAAAAGAAGAUAACUCCAACGACAUCCGUACCAUCCGUGUGUCCGGCAUUGAUCCAUUCGAAGCGCCCUACGAAUCGAAUAGUGCGGGAUCUGACUGGAUAGUCAUUCAGAGACGGGUCAAAAUGGACGUUAGCUUCGACCGCUCAUGGAAAGAGUAUAAGAACGGAUUCGGCAGUCUCCGGGGGGAUUUCUUUUUAGGCCUGGAGAAGAUCUAUCGCUUGACGAAGUCAAGCCCGCAGCAGCUUUACAUCCAAAACGGGCAGAAGCAUGUUAAAUUUGACCACUUUAGAAUUCGCAGCGAGUUGAAUGGCUACAGACUCAAAUCAAUUGGUGCCGCCUACUGGCAUGAUGCAAUGGACAUAGUGGAUAUGCUAUUCGAUCAGGUGGGCAUGAGAUUCUCAACAUACGAUCGGGAUCACGACGGAGAUUGUUCAUCUAAUUGGGCGAAAAUCCAUGGCGAUGGCUGGUGGUACAAAAAAGUUCCCAAGAGUUUAUUGGAUUUUGGAGCCGUGAAAAUGAUGAUCAGAGCAAAUAACGAUUAAGAAUUUAUGGAGCCUAAGGAUCGAAAAUAAAUAUCUG